CGGGAUUUAGUCAUGGCUUCCUGGAGACUCUGCCAACUGUUUUAUCGGGCUCUACCCCGGAAUGCAGCUGCUCCUAGGACCGUGUACCUCAACAGAUCCGUCCUUAGAGCAAUGAGUGUUGGGGGUAUUCCCACAGACGAGGAACAGGCAACUGGACUUGAAAGAAAAACUCUCCAAGCUAUGAAGAAAGGGCUUGAUCCUUACAGUAUUUUGAAACCAAAGUCCUAUUUGGGAACCAAGGAAGAUCCCCAUAUUGUCCCAUCAAUCAACAAAAAGCGAAUUGUGGGUUGCAUAUGUGAAGAAGACAACUCGGCAAUUAUUUGGUUCUGGGUGCAUGAGGGACCUGCACAUCGUUGCCCAUCUUGUGGUGCUCAUUAUAAACUUGAGCAUCAUGAACUUCCACAUUAGAAGAAAUGGCAACUUCUAAAAUGAUCAACCAAAGCAAUCAUUUCUCAAUAGCUUGAUCAGCCAAAGAAAAUGAAUGAGUAGCUGUCUGAAAGGGACCGUAGCUCUUUAAAAAAAAAAAAAAAAAAAAAAAAAAUCUCCCUUUAGAUUGAAACUGUCCAGCACUUAACUCAAUUGUUUGUUGUGAAAAAAAUGAUACCACUUUACGAUUGUAAAAUUGAAUGGCAAAUAAAACCUUAUUGGCUAAA